AUGGAGAGUUGUGUUGAGUUUAAUAUAAGACCUGAAAAUUUAUUUACAAUUUUAAAGGUCGACCUGUUUGCAAGUGCAGAAGUGCUUGGCUUUGGCAUAAAACCUGUUCGGGCUCACUUUGGGGAGUUGGAUGAUUUUGUUGGCUUUUCGGAUGUUACGGCUGUGAAGAAAUUGGAGGAGAAAUUGAAGGAAUCUGAAGCUCCACAUGAGAUACACAUGUUUCAUGGCAAGAGACACGCAUUUAUGAACAGUGCCAUGGGAAUGCCUGAUGAAGAUGAUGCUGCCGUUCAGCUCGCCUGGUCUCGCUUCGAGAAAUGGAUGACAUAUUACUUGUAUAGUUAG